UGGCUCCCCGCCCCGGCUGGCCCCGGCCCCGCGGCGCCUGCCAGCGGAAGGGACGGGACGGGGCGGAACGGGAGGCGCCCCGGGGACCGAGCGCGGCGCGGCGCGAUGGAGGCGCUGCUGGGCCUGGCCAACUGGAGCACGCUGCUCGUGUGCAUGGUGAUCAAGCUGCCGCAGCUGGUGGCCGUGCUGGCUGCCCGCUCCGCGCGCGGCGUCAGCCUGGAGAGCCUGGUGCUGGAGCUGAGCGGCUUCCUUGUGUUUCUAAGAUACCAGAGUUACUACAGUUACCCCCUAGAGACUUAUCUGGAAUACCCCAUCCUAAUUGCACAAGAUGUCAUUCUCCUGCUCUUUGUUCUGCAUUACAGUGGCAACAUGAAGCAAGCUUUGCCUUACAUAGUCAUAUUUGUGGGAGGAUGGUACUUUCUAACUUUGCAGAAAUGGAUAAUAGACCUGGCCAUGAAUUUGUGUACGUUAAUCAGUGCAGCAAGUAAAUUUGCUCAGCUGCGGUGUCUGUGGCAGACAAGAGAUUCCGGACAAGUGAGUGCCCUGACCUGGAGUAUGUCUGCAUACACAUGUGCAACAAGAAUAGUUACAACUGUAAUGACCACAAAUGAUCUUAUGGUUCUAGUCCGUUUCAUAAUCAUGCUGGUUCUUAAUAUAUGGGUCACAGCCACAAUAUUGCGUUACCGGAAGACUGAAAAGACUGAUUAGAUGACAGCUUCUCUCCAGCUGCAACAUAUGUCAAACACUUUGGACCAAAAAAUACAGUAGAACCUGAACAAGAAACCUCCAUGUCCAGGCAGCCUUCUGUAUGCCACCUGCCUCAUAUUAUCCCUUAAAAGAUUAAGUACAACGUUGCUUAUGUUUUAUUACAAUUACUACUACUUAACAAAGCAUAUUUUAUUAGAAGUAAAUUUUAUUGGUCAUUUAAGACAGGUUUCAGUGGUACCUGAUAUUUUCUCUGGGCUUUUUUCUUCUUCUUCUUCCAUAUUUUGUACUAUGUAGAUUCCUCUGGUUUUUAUUCCUGGCGGAAUUCUGUGCCUAAAAAUUCUGUGCACAAUAUUUUAAAAUUCUGCAUAUUUUAUUUGUUAAAACAACAUUAUAUAAUCACGCCGGUUUCAAUUAUUUUGGUAAUUUAUUUCAAAAUACCUGUCAGCAACUAUGUCGGUACCAAUACAGAUGACAAAAAAGAUUCCCCCAGGAGUAGAGAGUUAAAAAACCCCUAUGACAACCCAGUUUCUGUUUCUCUGCCCCCUCCACCCCUGAGCCCAGCCACAGGGCCAGACACCCCCACACAACUCCCCCCAGCCCAGACAUCUGCACUCCUCCCCACCAGAGCCCAGUGGGGGCACCCACCAACCCAGACACCAUACCCCCCACCCCCAAGAGCCAGAAACCCACACCGCCUCCCCACCAGGGCGAGGGCACCACCCUGGUCCAGACACCUGCACUCCCUAUCCCCCCAGGGCCCAGCUGCAGGGCCAGACACGCACGCCCCAGACACUCACAUCUCUCCCCCCAGAGUCCAGUCGCAGGGCCCCCAAUCCAGACACCCACACUCCCUACCCUCCAGAGAUCCAGAGGGAGAAACUGCUUGAUGCUGGGUUCCAGACUCAUACAAGAAACUCCAUACACCACCUCCUUCCUUCAGGGCAUGCUGGGAACUGCAGCUGCUGAGAACCCUCCAGCUCCAUUCCCGUCCCCCCAGCAGUGGCUUAAUGAAAGUGCAAGAUAACUAAGGACCACCCAUCCUGGGCUUAAAUUCUGAGUCCAACCCUGGGUUCUCCCCCAGCUCAGGAUUAGUCCCUUGACCCUUCCUCCCCACCAAACUCAAAGAGUCAGCAAGCAAACUUACUUCCACUGCUCUCCUGGCCCAGAGCUUUCCCAGCUCCUUGACUGGAACACUGGCCUGUCUGGAUUUACCUUCUCGCUUGGCUCAAACUCAGUGGGUAAUUUUUUUCUGUUGCUCUCUGGCCCUGAGCUUUUUCCAGCUCUCUUCCUUCAUCAGCUCUUCACUACUGCUUCCUUGGGGAACUGUAGCAGCUCACUCUCACUGUAGGGACCUUCUACCAGAUCCCAGCUGCCCCUUAUUGUCUCCUUUUCCAAACUUCUGCCAGACCCAUUUUAUAGACCAGGUGUCUCCUCUCCAGUCCCAUUAGAAGGCAGUUAUCCAGGCACAAGUGGAUUAGGCCUGCUCCUUUUUAAAGGGCCAGUACUCCAGCUCAAGGAGCCCGCUACAGUCUUAGCGAACAUACAGCUCAGGCACUAGAGGCUUCUGCUUUAAGAUCCCAAUGAUGCCAGGUUCGAUCUCCACUGCUGAUGACUCACCUCGGUGCAGGACAUUACACCACCACAGGCAAACUGUCUCUCAUAUGGGCUCACCUACUUUCUAAUAGAAUCUGACGUAACUCCUUCUGUUAUGUGGUUCUGCAAGUUUUCUGGGUUGUAAGAUGCAAAUGAUGUACUUGAGGUUUUACUUUUACAUUCCACUCAUAACGUGCUUUGGAGCAAAAUAUCAGGUUUAUUAAAAGAGAGAUGUUUGCGUAAUUAUUAGCAUUGACUUGUGACAUUUGUCUGUUGGGAAUUAAUACUACAAUGUUUCCAACCAGCAAUUGUUAUAUAUUAUUCUGACAUGUAGCUUGCCUUCUUUUCUCCCAAAAUUACGUUCUUCAGGUAAAAAAAGCAUCCUCUUUUCAAAAGAGCUUCUACACCGUUAUUGAUUUAGUCUAUUGAUCACUAGGGGAUGAAGGCCUGGUCCCAUGGCAAAACUUCCAUUUAAUUCAACAAGAUCAGGAUUUCACCCCAGUGUGUGAAAUCAUAGGCAUUAAUCCAGCAAUUAGAUCCACAGAAGUAGACCCAUGUACCUUCAAUGUGAGCCUGAGGGUCUGCUUCCAUAGAUCAGAUUGCAGGAUCAGGACCCCCAGUUCCAUAAAUUACAGUAACUUCAUAAUAUUAAAGUAUUUUUUGCCAACCCUACAGGUAUUUUUAAUGCCUUUCAUUAUAUUUCAAAAUCAAUUACUUGGCAUUGACUUAAUGGAGCAAAUGCAAAGGUAGAUUUUUAGCUUUAAACAGUCUGUACAAAUUUUCAAAAGUUUCUCUGGUGGCUGUGCAAAGUGUGACUAUUUAAAAAAGCAUUUAAAAAAUCUUUUCCUACUAAGUAAAAACUGCAUAAAACCCACUUAAAUGUGUAAAGAAUUUACACAUUUUUUCUGUUCUAUAGUAGCACAUGAAAAAUGUCAUUUUCAGCUAUUUUUGUUAAUAUUAGAUAUCUUACACUGGAUUUUUAAUAUGUCCCAUUUUUGCAAUAAAAAAAGCAACUUUUAUGACAUUUGUCUUGAUCUUGCCAUCAUACACACAGGGAAAACUGAACAUUUAUUAUACAUACAUAUUUAUCUACAUGUUUAACACCUCAGUGUUGGAAGCAUCAUGCUGUGUCUUUUUUCCUUCAACAGCGGUGCAUUAGAGAGCUCCCACAAUCAGAUGUCUUGGAACUUCCACCACUAGCUCACUAUGAUAUGGGAUGAUUUGGGGAUUAGUAAUGGAUUAUUUGUAGAGGCAUGUGUUUUUCUGGGGAACAACUUCCUCCACCUCCAUAAUGAAGAGAA